AUGCAUGUCCACAAUUCCAUCCUGACGAUCCCUUUCCUAUUCUGCACCGCGAUCGCUGCACCGCACAACCACGAGCAUACCCUUCUACCCUCGCCCACAUCCGAGUCCGCGUCCCAUAACGAAAUCAUCAAAACCGUAACAGUAGUAACCACUCAGCUUGUAACGACCGCAAUCACGCUCUACCCACUUACAUUUCCCACUCUCCACCCGUCUUCGAAUAAAAGCACGACAUGCCCGCACUCUAGUAUGUUGCACAAAGUCCCCGGAAACAGGACAUGGAGAUCUGCUCCUACAAUCACGACACUCCUGUCGGUUAGCGGUAGCAAGAGCACAACCUGCCCGCACUCGAUGUCCCAUAUUGUGCCUGGAAAUCCCAUCUCGUUUUCAAUGUCACUGCCAGCUCCUUCUCUUCCGCUCCCCUCAGCAGGCGGGAACCCCAAGGGAAAAGCAAGUGCAUGUCCAAAAUCGAAAUCGAUAAUCAUUCCGGAAACGCCGAGUUCGACAACCACCAACUUCUUAGCCGCUGAACCAAACUCUAGUAUACUGUCCGCUCAAACGGCUGAAACGUCGUCCAUUCUACGCGUCAAGCCGGAGACGGAGCCUACUAAAGGCGCAGCGGAGAUGUCGAUUCUACCAAUCGCUCUAGGCACACCGAGCGAGCCGGGUAAGGCAGAGAAGGUGGACAAGGUGGACAUCCCGCAUGAUCCGCAGCUGGGAGGCGACGAGGAAGGGCCGCCGGUUUGGAUGGCGAAGCAUGGACGGGCGAGGAGGGUGAAUCGGACGGGUAAUGGGGUGUGGAGGAGGACGGCGGCGAGAUGGGCGAUUGAACCCGUCGCUGGAUCAAAGGAAAACGGAAGGUUGCACGCUGGCGCUGUGACCACCUAUGUUGGCGUGUAA